AUGGAGGGGGUGAAGGAAGAGGUGGAGGAGCUGCAGCGCCAGUGCUUCGGGCAGGCCACUACGGCCGCAUCAUCAUCAUCGGCAUGUCGCGGGUUGGGAGAUUUGUUGGCGCGGUACAAGCGGCUCGGCGAGGCGAGGGCCGCAUGGAAGCGUGGGUGCCGAGAUAGCGGCGACACUGGCAGCUGCUGGCGCAUCGCCCGCCUCCACUACGCGCCUUCCAAAUCACACUCGAGCGCCCUCCAUCUCCAUUCCGUUUCAUCUCAUCAACAGCCAUCAGAUGAGAUUAAAUCGCAAAACGUAGCGGAAGAUGGCGAUCCACGCAGCCAUGCGAGCAAGGACGACUCCACACCAGUCGUGGCGCCGUCGCUCCCGAACGACAAGAAGGCGGCCAAGUACGCCAUGAGGGCCUGCACGGACGACGCCAGCGCCCAGGGAGAGGCGUGCGUGGCAGCCGGGUGGCUCACCGGCGACCGGGAGUGGUGGAAGCGAGGGUGCAGCAAAGCCAAGUACCUGCCCUCUUGUGCGCUGUUCACGAGGGAGAAGACGACUCGCUUGUUGAAGGCCUGCGAGCAGGACAACGACGCCACCAGCUGCUAUAACCUCGGCGAGAAGAAUCCCGCCCGCGCUGCGGAUUUCCUCCGCCGGGCGUGCACCGGCGGUCACGCCGACGCGUGCUACAACCUCGCACAGCUCUACCGCAAGCAGAUGAUCGGGACGGGGAGGGAGAACGCGCGGGAGGCGGCGCGCUACUUCUCGCUGGCGUGCGAGGCCGGGUCGGCCGCCGGGUGCUUCAACCUGGCCUACCUCUUCCAGCACGGCAUCGGCUGCCCCCGCGACGAGUCCCUGGCCGUCAAGGUGUACCAUCGAGCGUGUGCGGACACCGACAAGCCGGUGGCGGACGCCUGCUUCAAUUUGGGCGUGAUGACCAAGCAAGUGAGUCACUUCAAGCGAGCGUGCGACCUGGGAAUGGCCGAGGCGUGCCGCUACGCCAACCCCGACAUCACGAGCGCCGCGGACGACAACGAAGCCGAGCCCAACCAAGCCCACCAGCCACCAACCAACCCGACCACCACCACCGCCAAGUAG